AUGAGAAAGUUGUGUCCGAAUGUGGAGAAUGCUAAAGGAUUGGCGACGGUAUUGGAGGUUCCAAUACCGGAAAAAAUGUGGACUAAAAUAGGUCGAAAUUCGUUGAGCCGAUGGAAAAACCUAAGAGCAUUGAUGAAGGCUCAACUUUCAAAUGAUAAGUCCUCACAUUUCAAAACACAUUCAAAACAUGAAUUCAUUGCUUUGAUCAAAUUGGUUGGUUCUCCACUCAUCCCUCAACAAGUUCAAUCCGAUCACACCUUUGUUACAUCCCUGAAAAUUUCUCCCAAAGAAGCUUGUAGUGCAAAGUACAUAGUGCAACAAUACAUAGCAGCAAUGGGAGGAGUAGAUGCAUUGGAUUCAAUGGAAAGUAUGUAUGUAGUGGGACAAGUGAGGAUGAUUGGUUCUGAGAUGCGCAAAGAAGAUGCUAAACUUAAACCAAUAGGAAAAACUGAAGUUGGAGGCUUUGUUCUUUGGCAAAAAAACCCUAAUUUAUGGCACUUUGAAUUGGUUGUUUCUGGCUACAAAGUUAGUGCAGGUUCUGAUGGCAAUAUAACAUGGAAUCAAUCUUCUUCUCAACCUUCUCAUGCAAAUAAAGGUCCCCCUCGACCACUUCGUCGCUUCUUUCAGGGAUUAGAUCCAAGGUGUACAACAAACUUGUUUGUAGAAGCUAAAUGUGUAGGAGAGAAAAGAAUGAACAAUGAAGAAUGCUUCCUACUAAAGUUAGAAGCAGCACAAGACAUUCUUGAAUCACAAAACACAGAGCAGACAGAAAUAAUAAGGCACACAAUGUGGGGUUAUUUCAGUCAAAGGACAGGGCUAUUGAUCAAAUUUGAGGACAACAAAUUGAUGAGAAUGAAAUCCCAUAUGAAAGAUGAUCAUGAUUUUGUGUUUUGGGAAACAAGCAUUGAGUCUUUGAUUGAGGAUUAUAGGUAUGUUAAUGGGAUCAACAUAGCACAUGGUGGAAAAUCAGUGGUUAUGUUAUGUAGGUAUGGCAUGGAAAUUAAUCACAAGAGGAAGAUUGAGGAAACAUGGAAAAUUGAAGAAGUUGGUUUUAAUGUUUGUGGUUUGUCCAUGGAUUGUUUCUUACCUCCUUCUGAUAUAUACAAGGGACAUGAUGCCAUGGAACAAAUAGAUUAG